AUGAUUGGUAAGCAUGAUGCAAGGAAGGAGAGUACACUAGAGAGUGAAAAAGAUGAUGUAAGGAGGCUUCAAAAGGAUCUGGAUGUCACCACCACUCAUCUGUUACAGCCACAUGCUGGAGGCUUCCUCUGCAGGCAGGCAGUUCUGAACAUGAUUUUAACUGGAAGAGAAGGUCCAAAUGUCUUCAAUGGCUUUGAGAAGGGAAAGUCUCUAGAGAGCUUACAUGGAAUCCUGACCCGCAGUGAUGUUGGCUAUUUGCAGUGGGGUCAGGACAACUCUGGGGACGACAGAUUCUCACAGGUUGGCAGCAUGCUGAAGACUCCUAAAUUUCCUAUUUGGCUGUGCAACAUCAAUGGAAAUUACAGCAUCCUUUUUUGCACAAACAGAGAGCUCUUAUCUGACUGGAAAAUGGAGCAUCUCUUUGAUCUGUACUUUUACAGUGGCCAGCCCUCACAGGGAAAGCCAGCGCAUCUUACAAUAGAUACGCAUGCCCAUCACUGGGAAAGGGAUCAACACGAAGAUAAACACAGAACAGGCAGACGCUGUUCCCCAGCGGAAAUGGCCAUCAGAACCAAGUGGAAGGAGGCUACUAUCAACUGGAAUGGGACAUUUCCCUUUUUCUAA